UUGUUAUUGUUCCGAAGAAUGCUUCAGGUUCAAACUGAGGAAGAUACAUGUUGUAACACUGUUCAUGUUCCAGAUGUUUUGGAAUCGCUAGUAGUGAUGGAUCUCAACCGACAAUCAACACUGGAAAGUGUCGAGCUAUCAUCUCGCAUCACAGAAGUUCCCUUUUAUGCCAGAUUGCACAGGACAAUCGAUCGAUCGACUACUGCCUCCUGAACCCACUUUAAUUGACCAGGAUCAGUACACCGUAUUUGUCUGACAGAGAUCUAUAGAACUUCUGCCGCAGUGAAGCCUUUGCGCUCGUGUAUGCAAUGGUUGCCUCACACUCAAGUUCUGCACUCAACAUUCGGGAAUGUACAGCACGGACAACAUUACAUUAGUUGUCAGUAUUUGCACCGACAGGCGUCAUGAGCGCCACCGCCCGUCGUCUCGAAACUUAUGAAUACUUUUUUUUUGGUGAACUGGCAAAUCUGCACAACCCGAAGAAGAAAAACCGACCCGACAGCAGCCUCGCUUGACUUCAAUAUAUCUCCUGUUUCCUGGGACGUUAGUUGUUGUUUUCGUCUUCCUCCAUUUCAGAUCAUGGUAAUACUGGAUAUGAGGACCUUAGUACUGAGAACGUGGUAGAUGUCAAGUUUGAGAGGGUCGUCGAGCAUGCGGCUGGAGAGAUUGCUGGGUGAGUGAUCGGGCUGGUCACUGGCGUUUCUAUUUUUGCUAGACGAUUGAGUUGGACACUUCAGAUCGCUUCUUGCAUCCUUAUCAGCUCCGGCUUGUCCUAGUUUAUUGUAUUAGGCUACUACUAGACGAAUUUAUACUUUUUAGCUGUUCGUCACUAUUUGUCACGCUAGGUCAAAUUUGUAGGUACAGACAAGACACUAGAACUCACAAGCAUGCUGAGUUUUAAGACUGUACCCUGGAGACCUUCCUGCAAGGUUUAAAAGAGGUGGAGGGCAUGUGGAAUCAGCGCCAGGCAUGGGACAGUAAGGUCCUGACGCAAAGUUCAUCACCUGAUCUCGCCUUGCAUGGUAUGGCAAGCUUGCCAGGGUUUCGUUUUCAACCUACAGAUGAGGAGUUAGUCGGGUUCUACCUGAAAAACAUGGUCACUGGAAAUCGCACGGAAGUCGAGCUCAUCAAUGUUUUAGACCUGUAUCGCUACGACCCGUGGGAACUGCCAGCUAUGGCCGCAAUGCAAGGAGAGAGGGAGUGGCUAUUCUUCUGCCCCAGGGAUAAGAAAUAUCCCAAUGGAGCUAGACCUAACCGUGUCACCACCUCCGGCUACUGGAAGGCCACCGGCACUGAUAGGCCCGUGCGGCGUGCCCACGACUCCAGAUGCAUUGGCCUCAAGAAAACCCUGGUUUUCUACACAGGAAAAGCUCCGAAAGGCCUUAAAACAGAAUGGAUCAUGAAUGAGUACCGGUUGCCUGUGAAUAUUGAAUAUUUUUGUCGAACUCUGGACCUCCCGUACAAUUCAUCCGCGCCGCUCAUGGAUGGGAGAGAAAUUGCGCUAUGCCGAAUUUAUAAGAAGCCAAUGCAGAUUAACCUUAGCUACCCAAACCUGUUUUCCGAGUUUACAACCAUGGAUCAUGGUGAUGAUUCAUCGUGUCAAUUCAAAUCCUCUGAAGGUGAAGUUACCGGACCUGCAGCUCUUUGUCAAAACAAUAGUAUUCUUCACCAAAGCUCCUGUGAUGCCGUGCUAUCCCAGCCCACUCCAAGCUCUGAAUGGAGUUCAUCUCCGACAUCACCGGUGUCUUACAAUCCUGUGUGCUACGGUCCUAGCCGAUGGUCAUUUACGAAUGAGAUGGACAACUUGUGCGAUACCGCCUCUCCACGUUUUAGAGGACAGAACCCUAUGCAGACUUUGUGGCCAACCAGUCAAUACGAGGUUCCUCAGGAAUGCCAAUCUUCAUUUGGUGGCAGAGGAGUCAAGCCAGAGAACACUUCUCAGAGUCUUCACUCAUCCCUGCUGUGUCCAAUUCCAAGCUCUGAAAACGCCCAUUUCAUUCAGUCUGUAUUUGACAUCAAACGGACGAACCUAGAAACUCAAUACCAUGAUGAGUCUGUCUUCCUCGAUGCUUCAACAAACAAGGCAGCAACUGAGAAUUUUACGGACAGUAUACCUAAGUCGAAUGGGCUACGUGAUAUCGUGAGCAAUAGAGGGGGAAUUCUACCAGUUGAACAGGUGGUGGAUCGAUUGUCAUGGUUAGGAGAGCAGGGUCUAGACCUCACUCCUGCAGUGCGUCCAGAUGCUGGUUUCCAACCCUGUGGCAACGACUCAACUUUGACUAACAUCAACUGGCCGCCGAAGAAAUCCUCGAGGCCAUCACAACUCCCAACUCCUGCUGCGAAAGACACCGUCACUGAUCUGCAGGGGUCAGCACCAACGCUGCUUUUCAAUCAAUGCAUAAGAAACUCCCAGCAGUCAUGGCUUAAAACCAUAGCAGCACCUAGUGCCCGGUAUGCACUUUCAGACUGAAGGGCUGCAUCACUCAUCCAUGGGGAGCAAUGGCGUCUUUGAGCACAUGAAGAACCUGCAACAUCAUGUAAACUUAAUUUAGAACACUUCAGAUGGAUUUCCAUUAAACUCAAGACUCCAUACAAAAGAGGGACAUGGAAAGAGUGAGCGAUCACGUGGACAAGUGUUGGUGCGAAGACAUAUUCUUCUUAAGUUCAUUACUCUCUGCUAGUUAAAUUUUGAAGAAGACCGAAAUGUUGGAUCGUCAACCAGAACGUGAGUUCACCAAUCUGCUCAGCAGAGUGUUAGUGAUGCCGAGUUUCGGUGGUCUGCUUAUAAACUUAUUAUAACAUAAUUGGAUUUUUCUUGUUAUGCUGUUUAGGAUUCAAGAUUUCAAGAUGUGGGAUUCAGUUGAUAGAUAACAUGACAUCUAUCUACUGAAUCAAAGUUCAUACGAUUUGGUUCUCAUUUACAAAAUUCAUGUAUAAAAACACUAUGAUAUAUAUAUAUAUAUAUAUAUUUCAUGAUUCUCAA